AUGAUUUCCGAUCCAAGAGUUGUCGUUACUGCCAAGUUCACGAUCAAGCCUUCUAAGCGGGAGGCGUUCGAACUUGCCUGGAAGGAGUUUGCGGAUCUUGUGAGGAAGUUGGAACCGAAGUGUUUGGUUUGGAAUGUUGCGGUCUCGGAGGAUGGGCUGACGUAUUGGAUGUAUGAGGAGUAUAUGAGCCAAAUGGCACUAGAGGAACAUGAGCACACGCCGCAUUCGAAGAAGUUUAGCAGUAUCGCCCAGGAGGGGGAGUUUUUCGCUAGCGUAGGUCGUUCGAGCUCUGGAGAGACACCGGAGAUUAACAAGGGUUCGAGGCCGUAUUUCUGA